AUGAAGUGUGCUCUCGUGCUCGCGCUGGUGCUGUUUGGCCUCGUCGCACUCGGCAGCGCCAACCCCGGCUUCAAGGUCACCCUCACUCAGAAUGGGUUGAACUACGCGCGCGGGGUGGCGAUGCAGUACCUCCAGCAGAAGUUCGCCACGGUGCACGUGCCCGACCAGGGCGGCGACGCCCACGCGCCGGUCAUCGGCAAGAUCAACUGGCAGCUCCAGAACAUCGUCAUUUCGGGCCUCAGCCUCCCGCAGUCGUCCAUCGCCAUCCUCCCCGGCCGCGGCGUCUCCGUCAACAUUGCACAGGCAUCUCUGGAGAUCACGAUGGACUUCCACUACAGGGAGCACCACUGGCCGCACAUCAAGGGCCACGGCAACCUGGUGAUUCACGGAAGCGGCAUUAACAUCGGAGUCGCGGUGCAGGUGGGCGAGGCCAACGGCAAGCCCACUCUGGCGGUCAUUUCGUCCCAGUGCAGCAUCGGCAACCUCAGCGUCAAGGAACACGGUGGUCCCAGCUGGCUGUACAACUUCUUCCUCAAGGUGCUCCACAACGCCAUCAAGAACGCCGCCGAGAAGGCCGUUGGCUCUGCGAUCCAGAAUCUCCUGAACGAUGGCGGCAACAGAGCCCUGCAGACGAUUCCCUUCACGGAGCAGUUCGCCGGCAUCGCCGAGGUGGACUACUCGCUGGUGUCGGGACCGACGUUCGGCCCCAACUACCUGACCAUCAACUCCAAGGGCGAGUUCUACUACCUGCCCCACAAGACCCCGAUGCCGGACGAGGUCAACGGCGAUAUGAUGCAGAUCAUGCUGAGCGACUUCGUGCCCGACUCGGCCUCGUUCGUCUUCAGGGAGUCCGGCAAGAUGACCGCCUUCCUCAAGGACAAGGACCUGCCCAGCUGGUCGCCCAUCCGCCUCAACACCAAUAGCUGGGCUCAUAUCUUGCCGCAGCUGCCGCAGAAGUACCCCAACAUGGAGAUGCAGGCGGAGAUCGUCACCACCUCGCCGCCCACCGCCUCCUUCGCGCCCCAGGGCAUUCAGGUCGCCGGCCCCGGCCAGAUCAUCGUGUCCGUCCUCCCGGCCUCCGGCAGCCCCGUCAAUGUGUUCGCUCUCAACAUCCAGCUCUCCACCAGCGCCAAGGUUACUGUCCAGAACGGCAGGAUCUAUGCUGAUCUGACCUACCUCAACUCGCCCGUCACUGUGGCCUACUCGAACGUGGGCACCAUCAACGUCUCGCUGUUCGACAACAUCAUCAAGACGCUGAGCACCGAUGCCAUCGUGCCGUUCUUCAACUACUACCUCUCGCACGGCAUCAACAUCCCCACCAUCAAGGGCGUCACCCUGAUCAACCCCACCAUCGUCUACGGCCAGGGCUACCUCGCUAUCGCCACCGACAUCUCCUACGCCCUGUAG